AUGCCAGACGAGUCUGCAGCAGAUCAAUCUGCAGCCCGAGAGAAAGCCAUUAAUGAUUGGCUUCCCGUCACUGCCUCUAGAAAAGCGAAAUGGUGGUAUUCCGCUUUUCACAAUAUCACAGCCAUGGUUGGUGCUGGAGUUCUCACCCUUCCUUACGCCAUGUCGAAGAUGGGAUGGGGUCCAGGCAUAACAAUAUUGUUAUUAUCAUGGAUAAUCACAUUGUUCACACUAUGGCAAAUGGUUGAGAUGCAUGAAAUGGUACCAGGAGUGAGAUUUGACAGAUACCAUGAGCUUGGUCAACAUGCUUUUGGUAAAAAGUUGGGUCUAUACAUCAUUUGUCCCCAACAACUACUUGUUGAAGUUGGAACUUGCAUUGCAUAUAUGGUCACUGGAGGAAAAUCACUACAGAAGAUUCAAGAAACUAUUUGGCCCAAUUGGAAAGGUCUUAGAACCUCUUAUUGGAUUAUUAUCUUUGCUUCUGUAAACUUUGUUCUCUGUCAAUGUCCCAACUUCAAUUCUAUUUCUGCUGUCUCUUUUGCUGCAGCUGUCAUGUCUAUUGGGUACUCAACAAUUGCUUGGGUUGCUUCACUCAAUAGAGGAGUUCAACCAAAUGUGGAUUAUAGUUACAGUGCUCAUAGUAUUCCAGAUGGUGUAUUCAAUUUCAUGUUGGCAAUGGGAGAAGUAGCAUUUUCUUAUGCAGGUCACAAUGUAGUUCUUGAAAUCCAAGCAACAAUACCUUCUACACCUGAUAAUCCUUCCAAGAAAGCAAUGUGGAAAGGAGUUAAACGCCCUACUUGGCUCAUUGCUACUGCAAACAUCUUUGUUAUUGUUCAUGUUAUUGGUGGCUAUCAGGUAUUCUCAAUGCCGGUUUUUGAUAUGAUUGAAACUUUUUUGGUGAAGCAGAUGAAGCUUCCUCCUUCUUUAAUUCUUCGCUUAUUUGCUCGCACCGGAUUUGUAGCAUUCACCAUGAUAGUUGGUAUAUGCAUUCCAUUCUUUGGUUCUCUUCUUGGAUUUCUAGGAGGAUUUGCCUUUGCACCAACAUCAUAUUUUAUUCCAUGUAUCAUAUGGCUUAAACUUCACAACCCUAAGACAUUUAGCUUGUCUUGGAUAAUUAAUUGGGUCUGCAUUGUGCUUGGGGUGUUGUUGAUGGUACUAGCUCCAAUAGGUUCAUUGAGACAAAUCAUUAUUCAAUUCAAGCACUAUAAGUUCUUCUCAUAG